ACUCGAUCAAAGAUAGCUAUAUACAACUUUUGAUGGGUUGCUGCUGGAGCAACAGAGCCGGACCAGAUCUUCCUAUUGAUCCUAGAGAUGGUGUAUCUACAUUUUAUAAUAAUUAUUCAUCUUCGCCUGUUCAUCAUCUCACCACUGCAUAUAUCUCAUCCUCAUCUCCUGAGAGGUAUCAGAAUAAUAUUGCAUCUGCCUCUCAGAAUUAUCAAGGAUAUGAACAGAGGCAAACUUUUGUUCAAGAACUAGCUCAGCCAGCUGGUGAUGAAUCUAGCUCAUAUUUUGAUAGAAGAUAUGGGCUGAAGAUAUAUAGUUAUGACGAACUAGCAGAGGCAACUGAUCGUUUCUCCAACAAUGAACUCCUUGGUGAGGGUGCUUUUGGUCAAGUCUUUAAGGGAAUAUUAGACGGAGAAGUCGUUGCUAUUAAGAAACUCAAAACUAUACAGGAUGAAGAACCAGAAAAUCCUGAAAUACAAUUGGGGGAGAUUGACUUCCUUAGUAUUGUUCGUCACCAAAAUGUUGUUAAACUAAUUGGCUAUUGCAACGAAGGAAGGAAUUGGUUGCUUGUUUUAGAGUAUGUACCCAACAAGUCUUUGAGAUCUCAUUUACAUGGAAAGAGUCUCUUGAAAUGGUCAAACAGAAUAAAAAUUGCUAUAGGUUCUGCCGAAGGAUUACAAUAUCUGCAUGAAGGAUGUGGUAUCAAAAUUAUACAUCGAGAUAUAAAAGCGGAUAAUAUUCUUCUUGACAAUAAUUUUGAAUCGAAGGUAAAAGUUUAAGAAUGACGGAUAAAAUUUUCUUAUCUUCUCUUCUUUGCUUCUUCAUCUUCCUCUACAAACCCCUCUAAAUAAUCAAUUUACAGUUCAAGAAGCCAUUAAUUAUUUCUCUCUCUAAAUAAUCUACUUCGUGUCCUAUAAG